CAGCGGCGCAGGACGUUCACCGAGUUGGAUCUGCACGACAGGUGAAAGGGUCACCAUCCAAUCGGUACGUCAGAUCGGAAUGUUUCCGCUGCGGAGGCACUAAUCAUUCACCUCAAACAUGCCGCUUUAAGACGUACAAGUGUCAUUCAUGUGGCGAGCAGGGUCACUUAAGUCGCAAAUGUCGCAAAAAUGAUCAAGAUCAUGUGCGCGCCUCGCAAGCUAAAUCUACACACUGUGUACUGACUGAUGAGUCUGUCAGAGUAUCGGAGCCUAGUCAGGCUGCUGAAGAGGAUAAUGUUUGCAGCGUGUACACUGUGGGUGAAGCAAGGUCCCCUCCAAUCACAGUUGACAUCAUAGUGUUUGGUGUGCCCGUUACCUUUGAGGUUGACACAGGAUCGGCAUCCACGCUGAUGAAUGCCCGCACCUUUGAGGUGGUGAAGACUACAGGCGGCGACGACAGCCUUGAACUUCGGCGAUGCAGCGCCAGGCUUCGGACGUACACGGGUGAGCCCAUCCCGGUCGAAGGGGAGUUCAGUGCCGUCAUCCAUUACGGUGAGCAGCACCUGGAGCUUCCCGUCGUCGUGGUCGACACUGCAGGACCCAAUCUUCUGGGAAGGGACUGGAUGAAGUUCCUUCAGCUCGACUGGCAAACCAUCAAACAGGUCAGAGGUGAUCCUGGGCGGGGACAGUCAAUAGGUGCAGAGCUGCAGAAAAAGUACCGUGAUGUGUUUUCUGCUGAUCUAGGGUGCCUGAAAGACGUGGAGGUGAAGUUUGACGUCAAUGAGGAUGCAAAACCAUGUUUCUAUCGUCCACGGAACAUUCCCUAUGCCUUCAGGAAACGCGUGGAGGAACAGCUGGACGCAGAGGUCGAGGCUGGGGUCCUCGAGCCAGUGCGCACUGCGGACUGGGCGUGCCAAAUCGUCCCGAUAGUGAAGCCCGACGCGUGAAAUGGAAAAGCUGCUGGCUGGCGUGCCAGGAGUCUUCAUCUUCCUCGACGAUAUCCUGGUCUCUGGACGGGCUGAAGACGAGCUCGUGUCCCGUCUGGAGCAAGUGCUGCAACGACUCCAGGACUCCGGACUUCGGGUGAGACCGGACAAGUGUCACUUCUUGGUCCCCCGCGUUGAGUAUCUUGGUCAUGUCGUCGACAAAGAUGGCCUUAGUACCACGGAGGCCAAGGUUCGAGCCAUAACCCAGUCACCUCCUCCCACAAAUGUCUCUGAGCUGAAGUCGUUUCUCGGCAUCGUCAAUUAUUAUUCCCGGUUCAUCCCCAGCA